UGCGGUCUUAUUUUUCACGAUGGAUUAAUCACCCUUACGACAACGUCAAUAAGAAGAAUGGUAUUAGAAGCACAUAAGAAAGUUGAGGCUGAUGCAUUUCACCUUGAUAAUGGAUAUAUUUGCCAUACAUUGGAUGGAUCCGGGUCUCGAGGCCUCUUUUAUGGGGAUGAUCCGCUCCGUUUUACCUUACCUGGGUUGCUGCUCCAGAUUUCCCUCAUCUCUAUGUUUACCCGUGCCACUCAUUUCCUUCUUAAGCCUUUUGGCCAGCCUUCCAUUGUUUCCCAAAUUUUGGGAGGUGUGGUUCUUGGCCCUUCAGUCUUAGGACACAACAGAGAGUUUCUAGCUGCAGUAUUUCCAGCUAAAAGCAGAAUUCUUUUGGACAAUCUAUCAAUAUUCAGUCUAAUGCUAUUUAUAUUUCUACUUGGAGUAAAGAUGGAUCUAUCUUUGGCAUUGAGAUCAGAUAAGAAGCCAAUAGCCAUAGGAAUAUUAGGGUUUAUUAUCCCUUAUGCAUUAGCAAAUCUAGUUGCAUUUCUCCUGCAACAACAUGUUACUUUAGACCAUGAUAUUUUGCGAAUACUUCCCUUUGUAGUCGAGCUUCAUUCUAUGUCAGCAUUUCCAGUAAUCGCUUGUUUUUUAGGUGAUCUUAAGAUCCUAAAUUCAGAAAUAGGGCGGUUAGCAUCAUCUUCUUCAUUAGUAUCAGAUGUAUUUCAGUGGUCUUUACUAACAGUUAAGUUUGCAGUAAAGCUUGCUAAAGCAAAAUCAAUCUCGUCAUCUGUAGGAUCAUUUCUAUCAGUUUCCCUUUUCAUUGUUUUAACCUUGUAUGGAAUCCGCCCUGUGGUUUUAUGGGCAAUCAGGAAAACCCCUGAAGGGCAGCCUGUAAAAGAAAGGUAUAUUGUUGGGGUUAUGGUUGCUCUUUUAGGAUGUGGGUUUAUAGGUGAAGUUAUUGGUCUUAGUGCGAUUGUAGCUACAUUCAUUGUUGGACUUGUUAUACCAGAUGGACCACCUUUAGGUGCCGCUCUUUCUGAAAAGCUCGAUUCUUUCGUGUCAGUACUCUUGAUGCCCAUCUUCUUUGCUAUAUGUGGCCUCCGAAUGGAUGUUUUUGCUAUUCAGAAGCUGAAGAAUGUAGGUGUGAUUCAACUAGUGGUGCUUGUUACCUUCAUUGGGAAAAUUUUAGGCACAAUUGCACCCCCACUCUUCUUCAGGAUGCCAUUUCGUGAUGCUCUUUCACUCGGUCUCAUUAUGAAUGCAAAAGGCGUUAUUGAAUUAGCAGUUUUGACUCACAGAAUGUCUGAUAAUGGCAUGACAGAUGAAUGCUUUGCAAUUAUGAUCAUAUCAGUGGUGUUUGUCACAGGAGUUUUAUCGCCUGUUGUUCAGGCCCUAUACGAUCCUUCGAGAAGGUACAUAGCUUAUAAGAGGAGAACCAUAAGGCAUCAUAAGCGCAAUGAGGAGCUCCGCAUAUUAGCCUGUGUCCAUGGUGCAGACAAUGUCAAGACCAUCUUAGAUGUUCUGCAGGUGUCCAGUACGACAAAAACGAGUCCAAUAAACUUAACAGUCAUGCAUCUAACAAGGCUCAUAGGUCGUUCCUCUUCUCUACUCAUUGCCCAUCAACCCAGGGAGACAUCAUCUCCUUACCCUAGUCAAUCCGAGAGGAUUUUCAACGCGUUCAAAAAAUUAGAGCAACAUUACGAAGGACUUUUCAUCGUGAAUUGCUUCAAGGGUAUCUCUCCCUAUGCAUCUAUGCACAAUGAUGUAUGCUCCAUUGCAUUAGAAAGAAGAACAACCUUUAUCAUAAUCCCCUUUCAGAAGCAAAUUCGCGAGAAAGAGAAGUUCGAACCUUCUUUCAUUUAUAGAAACCUCAACAAAAAGGUUCUUGACAAGGCACCUUGUUCUGUUGGGGUCCUAGUUGACCAUGGAGGAUCACUCAAAAACACAAAAUUCCGAUCCUCAACUUCUGAACAUACCUUAACAUACCGUGUGGCAGUUUUAUUUUUCGGAGGUUCUGAUGAUCGAGAGGCACUAGCAUAUGGAAUGAGAAUGUCAGAAAAUACUAGAGUAAACUUGACCCUAGUAAAAUUUUCAGGUGCUUGUUCAGAAGAUAUUAUAGGUGACAAUGAGAAAAGCCUAUUACACGACGGAGACAUUAUUAGUGAGUUUAGGCUCAACACCUUACACAAGGAAGAUCGAGUGUUUUACAAAGAGAUGCUAUUAACGAAUACAAUGUGCUUGGUCACUCUGCUAAAAUCCAUGGAGAAUUCUAAUUAUGACUUGAUUAUGGUAGGGCGAUCUCAUUUGCCGUCACAAUUCUUAAAUGAACUUGUGCAAUGGGGUGAUUGUCCAGGAGAUUUGGGGCCAGUUGGUGAAAUGUUGGCUUUGAAUUACAAUAUAAAGUCUUCAAUUUUGGUAGUACAACAACAAAAAAGAGUUUGGGGUCUUAAAGAUCCUGAAGAGUCUUUAAAUAUACCAAAAACUGAUUUGUAGGCUUACUUUAGUAUGUUCACUUGUUAAGUAUAGAGUUUUGUUAGGAAGAACACAGUUUGUAAAUAGUUGAAGCUUUUGGAUGAUUUUCUUUGAA